AUGCGUUUCUCCGCUACCACUCUCUUAGUUACCGCGCUGGGGUGGAUCUCCGCCACGACCGCACACUCCAUCCAGCUCAAGUCUCACUCACGGGAAUGCUUUCACGAGAGCCUACACAAGGAUGAUUUGAUGACUGUCACUUUCCAGGUUGGCGAUCGGGAGUUCGGAGGCAGCGGGAACCUCGAGAUUGAUUUCUGGGUCGAGGACCCUCUCCGCAACCGACAGUACUACAAGCAAGCCAUCUCCAACGAAGAUUAUUCGUUUACUGCGCACAGCGACGGCAAAUACACCUACUGCUUCAGCAAUGAAGGCUGGACUUCGAACUCGAAGGAAGUCUCCUUCAACGUCCAUGGCAUCGUCUACGUACCGGAGUCGGAGAUGUCGCAGGAUCCCUUGGAGGCGGAAGUUCGCAAACUGUCCGAUGCUCUCGCGCAAGUUCGUGACGAGCAGUCGUACAUUGUGGUCCGCGAGCGGGUUCACCGGAACACCGCAGAGAGCACCAACGGUCGCGUGAAGUGGUGGAGUAUCUUUCAACUGGCUGUGGUGAUCGGCGAGGGUAUCUUUCAAGUGUGGUGGCUCAAGCGAUUCUUUGAGGUCAAGCGUGUUGUUUAA